UCGCGGUAUCGCGGGCACAGGCACGCUGGGCCACACUGGCCACACAGGGCAGACAGACAGACAGGGCAGUCACAGUCAGCCAGAGUCACGGAAAGUCACAAAUAAUGGCAGGUCUCACCAGAUAAACCACUCCAGCCAUCCACUCCAAGUUUGACAUCUGCAUGUCGACACAACUCUUGGAUUCUUAGAAUACCAGGGGCCAUGGACCAAUGGAGCGAGGGGCGUCUCGCGCUGUUUAAAGCUCUGGGAGAGAUUUGCGACCGCGUGGGUGACGAUGAUGCGAGAGACCUUGCGCAGUCCAUAAAGAAGCCGAAUGGCGCGACGUUUAUUCAAGAGCUCCGAGAGCUGCAACAAAAGGCUCACAUAGCCGAUAUUAUCACAAAAGACAGCCAUGCUGCCGAGAUUCACCUGGCAUUUAAUGAUCCGAAAGCAUUCGUCACCCAGCUCCAGGAAUUGAAGUGGAAGGCACAAAUACUCGAUACUUUACGCAAUAACGACAUCGAUGCCGCUUCCACUGACGCCAUCGCAGACCCAAAGGUGAAGGAGCUGGCCGUCCGUCUCGAAACCCUGCGAGAAAAAGCCCAGCUAUACGACGACAUAAAUGGCACUUCAAAGCCAGACACCAGCGAUAUCCAAAGCCGACUCAACGACGCCUUGUCUGUUCGGAAAGAACUCAUCUCUAGAUUGCGACGGGUCCGGGAAAACAGGGCCCAGUGGGUGCAAUAUGCACAUAGCCUCUCAAAACGGCUCGAGAAGAGGGAAGCAACGUUGGCAGAGCACGGCUUGCUCAAUGGGGUUCCUUUUCAAAACAAGGACAGCGGAUUGGAGCGUCCUACGGCCUCCGAACCAGAGCUUAUAAAAAAGGAACCUGGAGCCCCCGACCCAUCGCGGGUCACACCAGACCUUGCGCCCCCAAGGCUGAAUCGUUCUCUGUGUCUGCCAGGACCCACGGAUGAUAAUGAUCUUGAUGGGGACACCAUGGUGGGAACACCAGGUGCAAAAACCCCGAAGCCAGUGGUGUUGCCCCAUGCUCAUGGUGAGCCACAAAGUGUUGUCAGGGCAGUACCGGAACGCGAGAAACCAACAUCCACUCAUACUGAACCGCGAAGUAGUUCUGCACAACUCGAUCUGUUACAAACCGCUGCAGUUGCUGCAGAUGAACCGCAACAACUGCCACGGCUUGCGCCCGUGCAGGAGGCCUCGUUGGAGCGCGAUGCGACCGACAAUAACCCUCCAGCCUCCUCACAGGAGCACCACACAAGUUCGACACAGGGCGAAGCGGAUGAUGUGGGACUUGACCUACCCGCUGGCCUUGGCAAUCACCCCGCAGCAACACCAUCUGCCAAAUACCAAGGCGAACCGUCGUCGGAUCCCCCUGUUGUUAUAUCAGCCAGGGCUGUACGGAAACGGAAGGCCCAGUCCUCGCCACAAAAGGUCAAGAUCAAGACAGAGAUCGAGCUCAGCAGCCCGGUCGCGUUCCUCGGUCUCAGUACCUUGGAACCACAAGAGAGCUUGGACCUCGACGAAAUUGGCCAGAAAACUAUUACGCCAAAGAAGAAACGGCGGGUCGACGAUCCCGGGUUUGGUUUUUUGGGGGAGGAUGACAAUGAUGCGGAUUAUUAUCACUACAGGCAUCCACCCGUAUUCAAUGACGCUGUAGUAAGGUCGCCCAUUCUAGGAGAACCAACCACGCCGCAUAUGAACCCACGGCGAGAUGCUCUGAGGAUUGCUGCCUUGCAACCCAAAAGCUCAAAUAAACCGAUCCUUCGUCACGCCUCAGCCAAGUAUACACCUGCUAAACGCCUCAGACAUUCCGAGGCUCCAGGUGAAGUCCCCUUUGCAGAAGACGGCGAAAAUGAAUCUCGGAUAGACGCAACGGCACAAAAUCGCAAGCUUCAGGGGGCAAAGAUUGAUGCUUAUCAGCGGUUGUCAUCUCUGCUCAACACAACUUCGCCAAAUAGUUCAGCAUUUCAAACUCCCGGCAAUAUAUCUAAUAAGAGAACGCCACGCACGGCAGGGCCUAGUCAUCGUUCCACCGCAGAACGUGACAAAAGAAGGGGGAGAAAGCGCAUAGAAGCAUUCCGGGAUGCCUCCGAAGGUCCUGACGACGAACCUUUUCGGGCAAGGCCGCUCUGGCGAUUAGGCCUCGAACAUUUCAAGGUCAACCCAGAUCACAAUCAAGGAUAUGACUAUGCCUUUCGAGAUGUCGUGAGAGGACGAGAACAACGAAAAUGCCUUCCCGGCUGCACAAACCCAGACUGUUGUGGCAAUGGAUUCAGGAAGUUGGCCGAACUUACGACGGGUCAAGCGAAGAACCAGUCUUCAGACAUGGAUACCGAAGACGAGCGUCUCCUAGAGGAUUUCCUUGGUGGAAAUAUUCACAAGCUACAGGCUAUGACUGCGGAUGAAAGGCAGGAGACGCUCAUCCAGGCCAAAGCACGAGAUCUCGCGAAUAAGCAUGGCAAGCAUCGGCAUGCGUUUGAGAGACGUCAGAGUCCACCAGGGUUUUGGAGAGCCGACUUUCCCACAACGCAGGAAGUUCAGUCUGACCGUGCGGAGGCUGCAGAUUUUGAGAGAGAAUUGGUUCGAAAGAGAUAUGAAGAAGCCGUGCGCGGAGGAGGAAAGUGGAUGUUUCGUGAUGAAUAAGCUUUGAUAUCCAGGCAUGCGAGCCACAGUAUAGACUAGAACUGCUACUACUAUUAUGUAUUUGAACAGCAUGUCA